CACAAGCAGCCAGUGUGCUGUUUAGCAGGAUCUCAUUGAGCAGGCGAGAUAGAUGUUGGUGUGAUGUAAAAGAAAACAGGUAGCCGGGAUUGAUUUGCUCCAGCGUCGCUGUUCUUGCGGGUGGAAAUGGUGGUGACAAGGUAUUUUCGGGGAUAAGUGAAAGCUCCAGAACAUCCAGGUCUUCAUCAUGGUGUCGUGGAUUAUUUCCAGGAUGGUGGUCCUGGCCUUUGGGACCCUCUAUCCAGCUUACUCCUCCUAUAAGGCAGUGAAGACGAAAAACGUCAAGGAGUAUGUCAAAUGGAUGAUGUACUGGAUAGUGUUUGCACUCUUUACCACAGCAGAAACGAUCACGGAUAUGCUUCUGUCCUGGUUUCCGUUUUAUUUCGAGCUGAAGAUUGCUUUUGUCAUCUGGCUGCUGUCACCAUACACAAAGGGCUCGAGCGUUCUGUACCGCAAGUUUGUGCACCCCACGCUGUCCAACAAAGAAAAGGAGAUCGAUGAGUACAGCCAAGCAAAGGACCGCAGCUAUGAGACAAUGAUGCGCUUCGGAAAGAGGGGGCUGAAUAUCGCAGCCACCGCAGCAGUCACUGCAGCCGCCAAGGGUCAGGGUGUGUUGUCGGAGAAGCUGCGCAGUUUCAGUCUGCAGGAUCUGACACUCAUACAGAACGAGGAGGAGCUGCUGGAUGAUGAGACACACACCGCUGCUACACUGCCCCGUGCUAAAACACGUACAGUUCGGGUCACAUCCAUACCGGCUGACAGCGAAUCACAGCUCAGUUCCCGGUCUGACGGCGACCAAUCGGAGAGCAGGACGGAGCACUCGGAUGAGGAUGUUGCUGACAAAGUGCCAAAGAGGACGGCCAGCUUGAGAGCAGCAAAGAAACCAACCACUGCUAAGACAGAGACAGUUAAGACGGUGAAGAAGCAGCCAAAAAAGAAGAGUACCACCACAACCAGCAAUAACGCCGAGACGCCACCUUGAGAUCCCAGACAAGGCCACAUGUACACUUGUUCACACACGCAUAUACACAGUGAAUUCUUGUAAUACUCCUCACUAUAAACACUAAUGCAUUUGCAGAUAGAAUCUGACACACACACACACACACACACCCACCCCUAAAGGUCAUUGUUGCAUAUUUUAGAUAAUUUUUCAGCUUCUAUAUUGGUUUAAAAUGCUGUAACGUGUGUGUGUGUGUGUGUGUGUGUGUGUGUGUGUGUGUGUGUGUGUGUGUGUGUGUGUGUGUGUGUGUGUGUGGGAGUGUGUGUGCAGAUUUCUAACUACUUAUAACGCCUGUAGGAGUAGCCUUUUUGUGUCUAAGUACUUCAUCCACUUUCUCAUAGAUCCCCCUAUGUUUUAGGACAUGGCAUCUUCCCUUUACUGUUCCUUUUUUAAGCAUUUAGGACAUACCACAUGGGAUGCGCCGGCAAGAAAAAAAACCAAGUGUGAAAGGAUUGAGUCGCAGCCUAUUGGUUUAGCUUGUAGAGACUUGCAUUGCAGUCAUAUUGAGGCGACUGAAAGUAUGUGGUGGAUAUCAGGGCUGCGAGCACAGCUCUGUCUUCACCCCAUAGCACAGAACAUUAAUCACCAUCAGCUUUGAAUGGAUGUCUUUGAAAGAGAGGGUCUGUUUCUCCAAAAGCUCUUACUUUUAAUGAGGGCUACUGGAACUGCUGCUGGAAACAUUCAGGCUCUGCUUUAUGUCUAGGCAACACAGUUCAUUACGACUAACACAAUAGCCACCUCAUUGGGUUUUUAUGGCCAUUACAAUCAAAAUAAUUAUGCUUAGGCUUAUAAUAGACAUGCAGAGGAUGGAUGUCCCAAUCCAGCGUUUUCUAUUUCGACACCCACAGCAGUAUUGACUGAUAUAUGAUCUUCAUGAAGCUCUGAUAUCUGAGCUCUUCAUGAAGGUCCUCAUGCUCUUACCGCAAGGGUGAUUCAUAUUCUAAUGUUAAAUCUGUUUCAGUAUUGAUCUCCAGAUUAAGGCCUGCAUCAGAUAUAAAGCGGAUGCUCUUGUGUGCCUAUGUUGAACGAAUUGAGGCAUCCCGAAUGACUGCUGGAGGUUUUCACGUUCUGUGAAAUGUUUGAAAUGCCUUUAGAUCCUCUGAGGUAAGAUUUGGAACAAAUGCAGCAUAGGCAAAACAGUAAACACAUGAAAACGCUUGUAAAACAGUUGACGUAACGUAAAACACAAAUGCUGACAAAAAUGAAGACAGAGGUGCCCAGAGAUAAGGGACAAAUGCCUGGAAAACAUGGGGGACAAACAGGGAGACAAUCAGACAGACAAAAACUCUUCAAAGAAUAGAGAUACAUUGGCAAACAGAUAAAAUAGGUAAAAACAUGGAACAAGACACCAAGACAGACACACAAAUGGACAUACUUGCAAACAGAGACACACACACACACACACACACAGACGAACUCAGAAUUAAGAGAUGCACAGACAGGGAAAAAAAGGGCCUGGUGGACACAAAAGAUGCAGAGAUACCCAGAGAGACAAGUCAAUCAGAGAUACACAAAGACCCAGACAGACAGAGGCACACAGUCAUAGACACACAAACACACGGUUUUAUAAACGAUAUUUAUUGUUUGUAUAUGAGAAAAAGAAUCGCGUUUAGGGUUCAACAUCCAGUCUGAUGCGUGUCAUCCCGUGGUUUAUCCUGAUAUCUGUAUCCUGUCUUCAGAUCAUUUCAUUGACUCCUACCGAACACGAUCAGAGACACUCAGCCUGUGUGUAAAGGCAGACAGAAGAUAAAUGCUGUCACAUCUGAGUGCUGGUGUGUGUUUACGUGUACAUUGGCUUUUAGUUGUUUUAUUUAUUUUAAUAGAAGUGCGAGUUUAAUGCUACGGGACUUAAUUCUAUGUAGAAUUACGGUCAGUAGGAAGAUUGACUCAGCUCUAGCAUGCCGUGUCUGGUGUUUUUCUGUGUUUUUUUUCUUUUUGUAAAUUAAUGGAAACAUGAUUGCUGAAGGCCUGAUUAGUAAUUCCAUUAGUAGCCCAUUAUAGUCUUAAAAAUUUAACCAUGCCGAACAACCAAGCAUUUAUUUAUUUUUUUUAAUUCUUCCUAAGUCACCCUUUGGCUAAUUAUUUUUAGGACUAAAAUAAAGUGUCUGUGAUAUUUUUUCUGCAGUCCCUCCCUUGACAGCGAGUUAAUCUUUUUUUCUAUUUUAACGGCCAUCUAAAUUCGCCACUGGCAGGAUUCUGUCACAUCGGCUCGUGUAUGUAAAUGUGGAUAAGGAUCUGUUUUGCCUCUUAGCAGAUGCUGUGGAUUCUGAUUUCAGAUCAGUUGUGUUGGAUCAGCCUCCAGCUGUGAUGUCAGGAGCGAUUAGGUUUCCAGUCAUGUAGGCCGCCCAUGCAGUUUCUACAGAGAGCCAACAGUGUGCGCCAAAGUUCCACUGAAAACCAGGCGCCUCUUAAAAUUCUGAAUUUAUUAUAUUUUAUUGGCUGUUAUAAGCUGGUUGAAUUGAACUGGGUUCAAUCCAGACUUUCAUCCACCCAAUUAGAUUUUUAGAUAAAAUAAUAAGUGAAUAGGUAAUUAAUCGCCAAAUUAUUAUCGUUAAACAGUGUGUGACAUAACAGGUGUUAUAUUUGCACUGGAAUUUAUUUUACAGUUAAAGGGCCUGCAUAAAGUUUGCCUCUUAAGUAUAUUAAGUAUUAUCUAAAGGCAGUUCUAAUAUUUAAGCCCUCAGCUGAAACGAUGUAAAUAUUCCAAAACUUUUGACUGUACAGAAUGAGCUUGCUUGCCUUACUCUCUUUAAUGGUGUUUUCUAUCCCUCCUCAACAUUCUCAUAAUCUAUUAUUAUUCUGGCUUUUAUAGUAGGAGAGAUGGGACCUUGUGUGUAUUAUAAAUAUCGAUUGACUUUUAAUUUGCAUCCAUUCUCACUUUGUUGCAAGACAUUUGACGUUAUUUUUGAAAAAACAUAAAACGUACAGCUUCUGUUCUGUUUUUUUUUCUUUCUCGUUUUCACGUGGUUCAGAGAAGCUCUGCGUUAAAGGAACAAUACUUUUGUUCUGCAUUUUGUCCCUCUUACUUUUCCUGUUUUAAAUUGAAUUGUAUGAACAUAGUAUUUGCGUUAUGAUAAUACCAGUUCAUUAAAAUUUUUUUUUUUUUUAGGGAAUAUUUCGUUCAUCAUGUUCCGCAUCAGUAUUCUUGUGUAUAGGACUUUAAAUAGUUAGACAAUAUUCGACACUAAUAUAUCGUUUGUGCCAAUCGUGAAAACUCCACUAUUAUAAGAAUGAGGCAGACGUGGAAGAUUUGCUGCUGUACUGAAAUAAAAUGAUGAAUAAAAGCA